AUGGUUUCCAUAUCUAAUAAUAUGAACAUCCUGCUAAAUCAAACCAAUGAAAUUAUAAUUUAAAACAGCUUGUUUUAAAAUAACACUGCACUUGAAGGUGGAGCAAUAUUUAUUACUUAAAAUAAAGGUAAUAUUUAUUUCAAAAACUCUUCGUUUAGCAAUAAUUCAGCAUAUGCUAAUGGUGGAGCAAUCCUAUUUGAUACUAUACAGAGCAUUUCUUUUGAUUAAAAUACUAAAAUAUUAUUUAAUAGUGCUUUGAUUGGUGGUGGUAUCAGAAUUAGAGGUGUGUAAGAAUUUAAUCUAAUUAACGAUGGUAAUAUCACAAAUAAUAAAGCAGAAAUAUAUGGAGAAAACAUAGCAACUUAUCCAAGCUUAUUGUAGAUAGAAUUAUUUUCUUAAGUAAAUAAUUAAUUUGUGUUCGAUAAUAGCAACUUUACUAACAACAGAUAGAUCUAUAUUCAAGACUUUUAAAGUGGAGGAUCUUUGGAUAUUUAUUUAUUUUUUAUGGACAAUGAAGGAAAACACCUAAAUUUUUCAGUAAAUUCUUUUAAAUAAGGACUUUAUCCAAAAGUAAUAGAAAACGAAAUAUAACAAUUCAAUGCUCAUUUAGAUUUAUUUAAUAAAAGUUCAAUUUAGAUUAUUGGAGCAUAGAGUGUAAAUUACAAUUAAUAUAAUGAAAUAACUAAAUCAUUCUCUUUUUAGAAAUAUAACUUGGCUGAUUAUGUAUAAACUUGUGAUCCAUGUAAUAUUGGAGAGUAUUCUAUGUAUGAGUAUUCAUAAAAUAGUUAUGUAAGUGAUAUACAGUGCUAGAAAUGUCCUGAGGAAUCUUUAAUAUGUAAUAAAGAUAAUUUUGUAUUGAAAUAAGGGUAUUGGAGGCAGUCUAAUACAUCUAAUAUAAUCAUUUAAUGCUCUAAAUAUUAAGAAGCAUGUAAUGAAUAAGAAUUUAAUAAUUUAUUUGGAUGUGUUUAAGGAUAUGUGGGUCCAUUGUGUGAAUAAUGUGACUAUUCUGGAUCUACAUGGUAGAAAAGAUAUAGUGAGAAUAGUAUAAGUACAAGUUGCUAAGAAUGCAGUUCUAUGUCUUAUCAGAUUGUUGCAAUAGUAAUUUCUAGUCUCAUAAUACUAAUCUACCUCUUCUUUUAUAUAAGAAUGAUGAAUAUGCUUCCAAUUUCUGUUUCUUAAUUUAAGUAAAUAAACAUUUUUUAUAUAAAAUGUUUAUUGAGUUAUUUACAACUUUAAGUAAUUUUGGUAGAUCAAAUAAAUAAAAUUUCUUUAUCUAUAAAUUUUAUUCCUAACACUUUAGCUUAGCCUUCUUCAUUCACUAUUAUUGAUACUCUAUGUAUAGUAUCGCCUGAGACACUAGAUAAUAAUGGACCUGGAAAGACUAAGCUUAUAAUUUCAUAAAUUUAUAAUCUAAUUCUAGGAGUAAUAAUAAUAUGUUUGAUUAUUUUUGUUGAGAAGUUUAAAUUUAACAAAAUUAAUUUUAAAAAUUACCUGAGAUAUAAUGCCUUUUACUUACUUUACACAUUUAUGCAACCUGAUGCGUUGAAAAUGCUCUCAAAAUUUCUUACUUGUAGAAAAAUUGGAGAUAAUUCAUAUUUUACUGAAGAUUUAUAAAUUCAAUGCAAUUAAUCUGAAUAUAAAUUAUUUUAACAAUACUUAGGAAUUCCUUUACUAAUCUUUUGGAUAGUUCUUCCUGCAAUUAUAUUUGUGCUGAUUUGUAAAAGAUCCAAAAAUUUAAAUAUAUCUUCAACAAUCUUUCGUUAUGGUUAUUUUUUUAUUGAAUAUAAAAAAAAUAAAUAUUACUGGGAAUUUGUAAGAAUAUACUUGAAGGUAUUGAUAGUAAUAUUCUUUACUCUUUUUAAUGGAAAUUAAAAAUUUUCUUACAUGGUUGUUGUUGUCUUUAUAGUUAUGUAUAUCUCAUAUCUAAAUAACUCAGACCCCUACUUAAAUAAAAAGAUGAAAAAAAUAGAAUUGCUUUCGUUAUUUAAUUUAAUAAUGUUAAUAGGAUUUUAAAUAAUUCUAAGCAUUUAUAAUUAACAAGCAGCAAUUAAAAUAAUAAUGAUUUUACUUCACUUUUCUUUUAUUAUUUAUGUAAUAUGGAUUAUUUUAUAUCGUUAGUUAUUUACUAAAAGAAAUAUUUUGGGUAGAACUUUUCUUUGUUUUAUCUAAAAGAUUCUAAGCUAGAACAUGUUUGAUAAAAUAUUAAGGCAUUCUGAAGUUUCCAUGAAAGUCUAUUAAAAUUGGAAAAAGAUUAGAAAUAAUUUGAAAUAUACUAUUGAUUUGAAUACAAUAAAUAAAAUGAAUUAAACAAUAAGUUAAAAGGAAAAUUAAACGCAUAUUAAUUUAAUUCAUCCAAGACAAAGAUUAGAAAGCAAUUUUUGUUGUUAAACUCCUAUACUUUAACACCAAGAAAUUAGUAAAUUUGAGGGAAUUUGUGAUAUUCCUAGUAUAAACAUAGUUUAACCAGUAAACAGUUAAUUGUCUCCCAAUAAUUUAUUAGUUCAUAAAAAUUCUGAUAGCUAAAAAUAGUCUUUAUUUUACUAACAAUCUAAAUAGCAAGAAGACAUAAAUUAAAAUAAUGAAAUAAUAAGUGAAAAAUAAGAUGAAAAUUUUAUGAUUUAUUCUGAAAUGUUUAGCUAUUAUUAAGAUUAGGCUUCAAGGUUCCAAGAUAAAUUUAGAUUCUAAAAAAUUAAUAAAUUAAAUAAAGGACAGCUUGAAAAUAAUUAAAAAUAAUGA